CAGGCCUCCACCUCGAUGUACGAUCCGUAACGGAAAGCGGUCCAAAGCAAUACGAAAUGAUCAGCCUCAGCGGGGGACCGGAACCGCAGAUGCAAGUACGAUUCCUCCGCUUUAUCGACGUCAACCGACGACGGACGGACGAGUACGCUCCUGCCAAGUCCGUCGAGCAUCAUCUGCACCUGGCGCUGCGGGUCGGAGUCUAGAUCAACCGGUCCAAAGUGCACGAUGACAUCUGGCUCCGAGGAUGCAGGGUGCAAUUCGCGCGCCUUGCCCUUCCCCUUCCGACUCAAGUGGAUCUCGCCCGAGUGUUUGAACCCCCGUUUUAGGACUUCGAGGAUGUCAGCUGCUGCCGGUCGAGCCGCCGCAUCGACAUAGAAACACAACUCGACCAGAUCCCAGAGUGGCUCUGGCAUCUCUACCUCUGACUUGUCGAGGGGUUUGUCAGGAUAUGGCGAUGUCUGCGCAGAUUUGGAGUCCGACAAGGCCAGGAUCAGCGCG